AGUCGCGUUCACUUGCAACAGAUAUCGUCCCCACCACCGCCUUGCCUUGCGUAGGUGCCCACUCGCAACAAUAAUACUAAUAAUAAUAAUAAUACGUCGUGUCUAUUGUAUACGAUCGCCGUCGUGUCGCACGUCAAACGUUCACAGCGAUCGUCGCGUCCGUGAUAAUUGCAUCGAUUGCCCUCCUCCCCUACCGUGCACACGCGCGCCCGCACACAUCCUCAUCGUCCGCCGUACAUCGCACGCGCUCGCCGCUGCUUGUUACACGUUGUCUGACCGUCGGCCGGGAAGUGAAUAACGUAAGAAAAAAAAAAAAAAUUAAAAUAAUAAUCGUCGAACGAAAAUCAAAUAAACGUACAAGUUGUGCAGACCACUCGUCGCCGUUCGACCCGAUCCGGCGCGUCUCGCCUUCACACGGUGCACCGCCGUUCGACGGUUCCGUACGCGUGUGACUACGCCGUGUUCGCACGCGCGCCCGCCGUUAUCCUAUUCUCGCCGGACGCGUUCCUCCGCGAGUGCCCCGCCGUCGAUACACCGCAUUCCACGCCCGUGCGGAACCGCCAUGGCCAAGAAGACGUACGAUCUGCUGUUCAAACUGUUGCUGAUCGGCGACUCGGGCGUGGGCAAGACGUGCAUCCUGUUCCGGUUCUCGGACGACGCGUUCACCACUACGUUCAUCUCCACCAUCGGUAUUGACUUCAAAAUUAAAACCGUAGAACUGCAAGGAAAAAAAAUAAAACUUCAAAUUUGGGAUACAGCUGGCCAGGAACGAUUCCAUACCAUAACAACAUCCUAUUACAGAGGAGCUAUGGGAAUCAUGUUAGUGUACGAUAUUACAAAUGAAAAGAGUUUUGAGAAUAUAGUGAAAUGGCUUAGAAAUAUCAAUGAACAUGCCAAUGAAGAUGUAGAAAAAAUGAUUUUAGGAAACAAAUUUGAUGUGGACGAUAAACGUGUUGUAAGUAAAGCAAGAGGUGAAGGCAUCGCUCGUGAACAUGGUAUUUCUUUUUUGGAAACAUCAGCGAAAGCUAAUAUUAAUAUCGAAAAAGCAUUUACUGAUCUUACAUUAUCAAUAUUAAACAAAACGACCGGGCGUGAACCUACAGAUGUACCUGAAAAGAUAAAUAUUGAUAGAACAUCAGACAGAUUGUCUAACCGCUGUUGUUGAGUAACAAAUAUAAAUUCCGACAAAUUCUAA